UUGGAGAGAAAAAGGGCAGAGUUGUAAAAAUACGGCAAGGUUUAGUGUGGUCGUUUUACGAGAAGUUGAAAAAUACGCCGAAAGGUAGGCAAGUAGAGUGAAAUAUUUCAAUCUGUUUCAAGCAGAGAAAGGGGUGUUCAAAAUUUAAUUGAAUCGCAUGUUUGAAAUCCAAAGUCAAAAAGAAAAGAAUGCUUGUUUUAAUAAGUUUUGAGAAUGCAAUACAGUCCAGACUCCAUUAUCCGAAGGCCUCGGAAAAAUUUCACUUCGGAUAAUCGAAACUUCGGAUAAUCAAAUCACGCAAAAAAAAAAUUCACUUGUCUCAUUUUUGAUUGUCGAGCUUGAGUAUGACCCAUAAACUAGGUUAAAGUGAUUUAGAAUUUGUAAAUCCAAGAUGGCGGUCAUAAUCACGGUGACGAAAUAUAAAAAAAAUGCAUUUUAUUAUUUAAUAGGCAAUAAACUAUUCAAAUUUGACUAAAAUGAGGUCGCAGAACACGAAUUUGAUGUUUAAAACAAGAAAAAGAAGAAAAAAAAAGUUUUUGUUCGUGAUUCGAUUAUCCGAAGUCCCAUACAAACCUUCAGAUAAUCGAACUUCGGAUAAUCGAAACUUCGGAUAAUCGAGUCUGGACUGUAUUAGGAUGGCCGGUGUUAUAGCUGCUUAUCUGCAUAUCAAGUGAAAUUUGAUAAGACCCCAAUCACAUCAAAUUCAGAUUAAAAACAACAGUCGAAGGCCAGCAGCCCAACCGAACAUGCUAAAUUUAAGCGUGUUCUUUGUCGUUAUCGGCGCCACGUCCAUCCUUGGAGGGGCUUCCGCGGUUCACCGCGGUCGCAUCGUCGGCGGCCAGCUCGCCGAACCGGGCCAAUUCCCGUACCAAGUUUCGUUACGAUCCGCAAAGAACGCCCACUUUUGCGGCGGAUCUGUUAUCAGCGAUCGAUGGGUGCUGACCGCUGCUCACUGUAUCGUUGGUAGAUCUCCGGUUGAUACCCGGAUCGUCGUGGGAACGCACCUGUUGGAUAGUGGUGGAAUCUACCACGGGGUGGCACGGAUGGUUGUUCAUGAGUUGUACGACGCGAGUACGAGGGCGUUUGACGUUUCGCUUCUUCAGACGGAAUCUACGAUAUUGUUUAGUGAUUUGGUGCAGCCAAUCGGUUUGGGAGCUGGGUUUGUAAAUCUAGCCCAUGGAGCGGUUCUGUCCGGUUGGGGACAACUUGAGUGGACCGACGUCGGAAUGUCGAAUGAGUUGAGGUGGUUGAACACGAGCGUGAUUAUGUUGGCAGACUGCAGGCAAGGAUCUUCGUCAACCGUUGCACCGAACAUCUUCCUCCACAAGUUGUGCACUCUGAGUCCGGAAGGACAGGGAAUGUGCAUGGGAGAUACCGGAGGUCCGUUGGUGCUGGACGGUGUCCAGAUUGGUGUUGGUUCCUGGGGUAUUCCGUGUGGGUUUGGUCAUCCGGACAUUUACGACCGGGUUUCGUCCCAUCGAGCUUGGAUCUUGGCUAAUAUUUCGUAGUCUGUCUAUUCCAAGACUUCAACAAGAAUGUGUUUCAACGAAAUCCGUCAGAUUUAAUAACCCCUCAUCUAUUUCUUCCUACAAAGUCCGAACUUCCCUCAGGGCAAGUGGAGUAAAUAGUCCAUCAGUCAGCAGUCAAGUAUUGAAUAACUGCGUACUACAAACAGUCGGUCAAUCCUUCAUACGCGCGCGUUCUAUUUAAUUACAAUGUUGGGCCAUGAUGGAUGAUCUCCUUAACCAUCGGGAGAAGGUGGGCACCUUUUCAGCAGUAGGUCCACCCCAGAGGCUAUUCUACCGGAUGUCGGCGCCACCUUAAUACUCGCGCUGUCAUGAUUGAGCAA